AUGGAAGAAAUUCUGCAUAUUGAAAGUGGAAAUGAGACGAGUGUCAAAGAAUUUAUCCUUCUGGGUUUUGGCAAUUCCCCUCAACUGCAGCCUUUCCUUUUCACAUUCUUCUUGGUAAUUUAUCUGAUCACAAUAACUGGAAACAUCUUCAUCUUUCUGCUAGUUCUGGUUGAUCAGCAACUUCACACACCAAUGUACUUCUUCCUGGCAAAUUUGUCUUUCCUGGACACUUGCUAUAGCUGUAUCUUGCUGCCUAAAAUGUUGGUCAGCUUGCUGACUGGUGAAAGAACCAUUUCUAUCCAUGGAUGCCUAAUACAAUAUCAUUUUGUGUGCCUUUGUGGAACUACAGAAACAUAUAUUUUGGCUGCAAUGUCUUAUGAUCGCUAUUUGGCAAUUUGUAGACCUUUACACUAUGCUUCUAUUAUGAAUAAGAAACUCUGUUUCCAGCUUAUGGCUGGGGCAUGGAUAAAUAGUUUGAUAUUUGAUGUGAUUCUGGUGGGUUUUACCACUCAGUUAUUCUUCUGUGGACCUAACAUCAUAGAUGAUUACUUUUGUGACUUUCGCCCAUUGCAGAAAUUAUCAUGUACUGACACAAGUCUCAUUGAAUUAAUUGCUUUUUGUGAAGCUGUUAUUUUCAUAAUUGUUCCAUUUCUAUUGACCAUCACCUCCUAUGUUUGCAUAAUUGGAACCAUCAUCAAAAUAAAAUCUGCCACUGGAAGGCAAAAAGCCUUUUCAACAUGCUCUUCUCAUCUCUUGGUGGUUUCCCUCUUUUAUAGCACAUUAAUAAUUGUGUAUGUGCUGCCAGACACUCCCUCCCUCAGACCCUUGAAUAAAAUCUUCUCCAUUUUCUAUACGGUUAUGACAUCCUUGUUCAAUCCUCUUAUCUAUACUUUGAGAAACAAAGAAGUUCACAAAGCCAUAAAAAGGCUUUUUAAUAAAAAAAUAAUGCAUCACAUGAAUCAUCUGAAAUUUACAAUAUCUCUUCAUUUCAUUAGUUUACAAAAUUUUAAUUGUAGAUUUUAA